AUGACCGUCACCUACAGCAAAAACAUCCCCGACACCAAUUUCUGCGCCUUCACCAAACUCCUCUUCAGGUGCCUCCCACCAACCAACAGACCAACAUGGUGUGGACAGUUUCACCAACGGACUCUUAUUGCCGACAUGUCUCUGAACAUUGUAACAGAUAUGCCCCCAUACAUAUCAGGUGAUUUGCAUCCGAAUGUCUCCUAUUGUCCCUCACAAUGUUUCCAAUUUGUCUCCAAGCACCAUGUCACUGCUGGUGUGGACGCACCCUUAGAAUGUGAGUGUGCAGCAACAGCUUUUCAAUGGCGGGGCAGCGUUUUUAAACUGGUGUUGCCAGAACUUGUCGUAUACAUGUUUGUGUACUUUAUGUUCUCGGCGCUCUACAGAUUCGCGCUCCCAGAAGACUGCAGGAGAAUAUUCGAAAAGAUCGUCUUGAUUUGUGAGUCCUUCAGCACCGCCGUCCCCCUGUCCUUCGUCCUGGGUAUCUACGUGACCAUCGUCGUGACCCGGUGGUGGGACCAGUACAUGCUUAUUCCGUGGCCAGACGACGUGUGCAUCCUGGUCGCUACUUACAUCAACAAACAGGAUGAGCGAAGCAAAACGCUCAAAAAGGCCUUCGUUCGAUACAUCAACCUGGCCUUCAUCUUAACCUUCUCCGUCAUCUCUCCGAAGAUCUCUCGCCUCUACCCAACGCUGGAUCACCUCGUUAACGCAGGCUACAUGACCUUGGGCGAGAAGGAGAUCCUCGAGGUCCUGGACGAGGAGUCGAACCACAACAAGAUGUGGCUUCCGUUGGCCUGGGCUUGCCUGCUGAUUGCCCAAGCACGGCGCGAGGGACGACUCCUCGACGACCACGGGCAGAAGGUAAUUGCCCUCGAGAUCUCCAACCUGCGAUACCACUGUAGCAGGCUUCAGGAGUACCACAACAUGAGUGUGCCGUUGGUCUACACGCAGGUGGCCACCAUGGCGACGUACUCCUUCUUCAUCUCGUCCAUCAUGGGGCAGCAGUUCCUCGACCCCAGACAGGGCUACCCAGGCCACUCCGUCGACGGCUACAUCCCCAUGUUCAGCAUCUUGCAGUAUCUCUUCUACAUGGGUUGGUUGAGGGUGGCGGAGUCGCUGCUCAACCCCUUUGGCGAGGACGACGAUGACUUUGAUAUCAUUGAGUUUCUUGAUCGACAUCUUGAGGUGUCGUUUCUCAUCGUGGACGAAAUGAUGACUCUACAACCAGACUCGGUGCAGGAUUCCGCCCAAGGAAAGGCUCCCGUGGACCGGCGUUCCCCUCUCCCAGACAUCGAGAUCCACUACACGAGCGAAAACCCGCAGGUCGUCAUCAACAACGAAGUGAAAAUGGUGACAGCAUCAAUCAGUGAGACCAGCGUUCCGCUCAGCCUCCUCCCCCCCGAGGAGAUAGGCCUACGUCCCCAGUACCGCCAGCGCCUGAACAGCGCCCGCCGUUCACCGUCACCUGUGGGGCCGAACGUGUGGUAGUGACGUCACUGGCACCUGGCAACUGGCAGUCGACAGCUUCGAGCCCUGAAUACAGCCAAAGAAAGCCAAGAGGAGGAGUUAAUCUGCCCAUAUUGGGACAGGGGUAAAAUACGAAGGGAAACACGUGACUCGGCGAGGAAGGAGGAAGACUGUGUUUGGGAGAGCUGGUUGUCAAAGCUGCUUUCCCGGAUGGUAGUGAUUUUUUUG